AUGGAAGACGAGGUGAACGAGAUUCUGCAGGAGGUGGUGAAGAUUCUGUGGAAUGCCGACUAUGCCAAGGCCGACGAGCUCCUUGCGCCGCACAAAGACAACCACCCGGCCGUGGCCACCAUGUACGCUCAAUCCAUGUGGCUGCGGGCGGUGGUAACUGAGACAGCAGAGGAGUCCAAGGAAGCGUUCGAACGAAUGGAAGCCGACCGAUUGAACAAGAUCAAGAAGAACAAGGGCAACAAGGGCGGCAGCGAGCAGGAGGACCUCACCGAGGCACCACGCACCAGCCUCUCUCUCUGGUGCAGUAUCAUCAUUCCUCACUACUUGCUUUUUACCACAAAAAACGUUCAACAGGAGCAAAUGCUGGCGCUCCUGCUGUGGAGCAAGCUCUCGCUCGCCGAGGUCACGCUGUUCGAAUCCAUCCUCAAGUUCAAAAUGCAGAAGCAGGUCAAGGGUGAGGCUUAUGCGCAUUGCGCGUAUAAUUUUAGGAAGAGUUGGAAGCACUAUGAGGAGUGCGUGGAGCUCAUCAAGACGCUCUCCGAGAAGUCGCCCUACUUCACCAACCUGGCCUGCUCCCUCAACGUGGGCAUCGGCUUCUUCCACUUCUUCAUCUCCGUGGUGCCGCGACAGUUUCUCUGGCUGGUGGAGGCCAUUGGGUUCAAGGCCGACCGCGACCUGGCCCUCAAGGAACUCCAGCUCGCCAGCGAAAGCGAAGGAUUCCAGAGCUCGCUUGCGUUCUUCCUGUUGGUCACGAUCCGAACAUUCUUCUUCGAGGAACUGGAGGCCGGCAGAGACAUGUUCAACCUGCUCAUGGAGCAGUAUCCAAUGCAAGCCAAGUUGGACGAAGCCAAGGAACUGUUUCUCGCGGCCAAGGAGAAGUUCAUCGCCACCAACAACAAGCAACUCGAACUCUUCUGCGUUAGCGAGAUCGCGACUCUCGAGUAUCUGAACCUCAACUUCGCCGAAGCCGUCCAGGGCUUUGAACAAUUCCUCACCCUGUCGACGGUGCCCGGGUUGAAGGCGCUCUGCUACUACCAGUCGGGCAUCUGCUACUCGUUCCUCUUCCACGAGGACAAGGCCAAGGAAUGCAUGACGCAGGCCCUCAAAUACGUCCGCAAGGGUUACGCACACGACGAGUUCGCCAAGCAGCGGGCGAAGAAAUUUUUGACCAAGGGCGGUGUGUCGGACUUCGAGCGCAAGUUCAUCCGAGCACGCAUCCUUCAUGAGGGGAGACAGUUUCAGCUGUCCUUGGAGAUGGCCGAACAGGCCGAGGCUGUGGCGGUGACUGAUGAAGACAGAGCGUGUGUGGCGUUCAUGCGGGGCGAUGCCCUUCGAGAGCUCAAGCGAGACGAAGCCGAACAAGCCUUCAUGGUGGUACUGAACACGCCGACCAAGUCGAUAUCCAAGUACGAGCAGUACGUGCUGCCCUGGAGCCUGAGCGGCAUGGCCGAGCUCAAGCUGGAGCAAAACGACCACAAGGCCGCGCUCGACCUGUACAAGCGGGCCAAGAAGUACUCCGGCUACGAUUACGAGACCUGGGUGGCCUGGCGGAUCAAGCGCGGCAUGGAUCGGCUCCGAGUCCGCGACACGACCCACUGA